UCUGCACACAGCUGAGCAUCCUGAGCUCUGUGUCCCUGAUCCUACUGCUGCUCACUGGGACUUUUAAACUCACGACCUGGACACCUGGAGGUCCACCGCCCCGAAAAGACACCACCGAGGAAGAGUUCAACAGGUGUGAAGGUAUUUCUGCAACAGGUAAAAUAUGAUCAGGUGGACCGUGUUGCUGUGUGUGUGUCUGAAUGUCAUCUCAGCAACAUUUGACUACAUGUAUGAGGAGCACUCCUUCAUGGACCCGGAGGAUGUGCUGAGUGUGAGCAUUCCUCUGGAGGGGCCACAGCGCCCUCUACUGGGAGUAACGAUGGUACUACCGUGUUACUUUGAGGACCACACUGUCCCAGACCCAGGAGCUCCCACCAUCGCCCCCCUCUCUCAUCGUAUCAAAUGGAGCCUCGUCACUAAAGAAAAAGUCACGACCAUCCUUGUGGCCUUGGAAGGACAAGUGCGUAUCACAGAGAGCUACCUGGACAGAGUUCAGCUGGUGGGUUACCCUGGAACCCCAACAGAUGCUAGCAUCAAGAUAUCCGAGCUACGGUCCAGUGACACAGGAGUGUAUCGCUGUGAGGUUCAGCAUGGCAUCGAGGACAACCACGACAUCGUCCAUGUGCAGGUUCAAGGUAUUGUGUUCCACUACCGGGCCAUCAUGGGUCGCUACAGUUUGACUUUUGAAAAGGCGAAGGCAGCAUGCACCGAGAACAGUGCGGUCAUGGCUUCACCUGAACAGCUUCAAGCGGCAUACGAUGAUGGUUUCCACCAGUGUGACGCCGGCUGGCUCUCUGAUCAGACUGUCAGGUACCCAAUCCAUGACCCUCGUGUGAACUGCUACGGUGACAAAGAGGAACUGCCUGGGGUCAGGACGUAUGGAGUCAGAGACCUCAAUGAGACUUACGAUGUCUACUGCUUCGCUGAGAAGAUGACAGGCAGAGUUUUCUACACUGCUUCUGCAGAAAAGUUCAGCUUCUCUGAGGCUGUGGAGGCGUGCUCUAAGCAGGGAGCUCGGCUGGCCACCACAGGUCAGCUCUACCUGGCUUGGCAAGGUGGGAUGGAUGUCUGUAACGCCGGCUGGCUGGGAGACCGGAGCGUCCGCUAUCCCAUCAACAUUCGUCGGCCCCAGUGUGGGGGGGGUCUGUUGGGUGUGCGAACAGUUUACCUCCACACAAACCAGACAGGAUACCCAUUCCCUGAAUCACGCUAUGAUUGCUUCUGUUACACAGAGUCCCCUGAUGAGGAAGGUUCAGGCAUCAUAGAAGAGGGAAGUGGCAUGCUGAGUGUUACCACGGUGACACAGAGCCCAGAGGUGUUCUUCAUGAGGACGACCACAGAGAGCGAGGCGAUCGGAGAGGUGGAGACUCAGCAACCCACCGUUGUGGACUUCACCUACACAGAUAGCCCCACCGAGCUGCCGCUGCCUCAGCCGCCCAACGCCACUGAGCUCAUCACCGAUCUGAUAAAGCCAGUCACCGCUCGGCCCGACGUAGGCCGGGAUCCCAGCAGAACCCUUGUGAUGCCUCCAACUGGUGUGGUCUUCCAUUACCGCUCAGGCUCCGCUCGCUACGCGUUCACCUUCGUUGAGGCUCAGCUAGCCUGUCAGAGAAUUGGAGCCUCCAUCGCCACGCCAGAGCAGCUGCAGGCAGCAUACGAGGCUGGAUAUCACCAGUGUGAUGCAGGAUGGUUACUGGACCAGACUGUAAGGUAUCCCAUUGUUUCCCCUCGAGAUAAGUGUGGUGGAGAUCUGGGAUACCAUCCCGGAGUUCGGUCUUAUGGUUUGAGGCCAGCAGACGAGAGAUACGACGUGUACUGCUACAUUGAUGGGCUCAAAGGUGAGGUUUUCCACGUGGGAUCGGCUGAGGGUUUCACCUACGACGAGGCUGUUUCUAGCUGUCAAGAGCAAAACGCGAUAUUGGCCUCCACCGGAGAGCUCUACGCAGCCUGGAAAAUGGGUUUCGACAAGUGCCGCGCUGGCUGGCUAGUGGAUCGUAGCGUCCGUUAUCCCAUCAACAACCCUCGUGCUCAGUGUGGAGCAGGGAAAUCAGGAGUGCACACCGUGUACGUAGACCCCAACCGGACAAGCUACCCUGAUCCUGAUGCUAAAUUUGAUGCAUACUGUUUCAGAGCGGACGUUCUACUUAUUGCAAAUGAGACUGGGCUGAACAUCACAGAUAUCCAGGAGGUCCUCCUCAACCUGACAGCAAUUACUGAUUUGUUGAGGCCUGCUGUUCCCUCUAUCGCCCCUCCUAUCCCCGUGGAGACAUCAGGCUCUGGUUCAGGCUCAGCAGACUUCAGCUCGGGUUUAGGGUCUGCAGUUGAUAGUGCCUCUGGGGGUCACUCUGGAGACCUGUCCUGUUCUGGAGACCUCUCUGGUUCUGGAGACCAGGUUGUGUCUGGAGAUCAAUCUGCUUCUGGAGACCUCUCUGGUUCUGGAGACCAGGUUGUGUCUGGAGAUCAAUCUGCUUCUGGAGACCAGGUUGUCUCUGGAGACCUGUCUGGUUCUGGAGACCAGGUUGUCUCUGGAGAUCAGUCUGCUUCUGGAGACCUGUCUGGUUCUGGAGACCAGGUUGUCUCUGGAGAUCAGUCUGCUUCUGGAGACCUGUCUGGUUCUGGAGACCAUAUUACCUCUGGAGAUCAAUCUGCCUCUGGAGACCUGUUAGGCUCUGGAGACCAGGUUACCUCUGGAGAUCAAUCUGCUUCUGGAGAGCUGUCUGGUUCUGGAGACCUGUCUGGCAGUGUGACUGAUAAGCUGGUCAGUGGAGAAUCAGGUCUUAGCAGUGCGGACGCUUCUGGAUCAGGUCUUAGUGGAGAAGAAUCCGGCUUCACUGUUGUGUUUUCAGGCAUUGACAGCAUUGUCUCUGGAGAGGGCUCAGUUUCAGGAGGACUCCAAGAAGCUGAAGAGGGGAGCACAGGGAUCCUUAUCUUCGAUUCAUCUGACGCAGGCUCUGGAGUGCUCAGUGGUAGCGGCGACCAGUCAGGAUAUAGCUCGGGAUCUGGAUUCAGCUCUGUGGAGAGUGGCUCUUCCUCAGACAUCUCUGGGGAAAGUGGAGAAUUCUCUGGCAUGACGUCCGGUUUCCUCACCAGCCGGGACUUUUCUGGGUUCAGUGGUUUCUCAUCAGGUUUCUCCUCUGGAAGUGCCAGUGGAGAGUCAGGAGAGCUUUCAGGGAGUGGAGACCCUCAGAUCUUGCUGAUUGAUGAUGAAAUGAUUGAUGCAUCUGCUCCUAUUACUCACAGGGAGCAUGAGCUCGGAGGAGGCCGACUGGUGUUCAGUGGCUCUGGAGACAUUUCAGGAUCUGGCAUUCUCAGUGGUGAUCUCAGUGGCUCGGCUUCAGGGAGUGGCUCAGAGUUCGGCUCAGGGUUCUUCUCAGAUGUGACCUUUGUGGGGUCAGGGUUAACUGAACUGUCAUUGUCAUCCUCUGGAGAGCAGGAGGCCUCUGGGUUUUUACUCUACAGCUCUGGACAGGGAAGUGGUGAACAUUUAUCUGGAUUUGGAAGCUCAAGUUCUGGAUCUGGAUCAGAAAUGUCUGGAUCAGGAAUGUCUGGAUCUGAGUCCUCUGCAAGCGGAGAAGAAGGCAGUGUUACAUUCCUGAGUGGGGAUUUCAUAACAGAGGUAUCCAGAGAUGCUACACUGUCUUUGGAGCUUGGACAGGGGUCUGUGGAGUACAGUGGAGACGGAAGCAGUAGCAGCAGUGGCUUCUAUUCGGGCAGCGGAGACGGCUACUCUUCCACAGCCAGCGGCAGUUCAUCAGGAGCUUCCUCUGGAUAUCUGACGCAGGUGGUGCUGCCCUCUCCAUCCAGCGAAUGGGCACUCACAGGGAGCACGACAGGACCGGAGGAGGCCCGUAGUGGGGCUGACCCGUCACAGACCCAUCAUGAUGUCUACGUGACCCAAGGCCCUGCACUCGCCCCUGCAGGACUGGCUGCUCCCCCCACCGCAGCUACACCAGCGUCCGUGCAGACACCAGGCAUUGUAGAAAAAACUGAGUCAGUAGCAGGUGGCUUUGACCCAUGUGACCCCAACCCCUGUGGUGCUGCUUCGUGCACAGUAGAGGAUGGAGUCGCUCUUUGCCAUGACGUAGAUGUGUGCCAUUCCAACCCGUGUGCCAAUGGAGCCACCUGUGUGGAGAGUGCAGACUCUUACAAAUGCUUAUGCCUGCCCAGCUAUGGAGGGGAACGCUGUGAGAUCGAUGAGCAGCAGUGUGAAGAAGGUUGGACGAAGUUUCAGGGGAACUGCUACCUGCACUUCUCUGACAGAGAGAUGUGGCUAGAUGCAGAGGGUCGCUGCCGGGACCUGAACGCCCACCUGGUCAGCAUCAUCACCCCAGAGGAGCAAGACUUUGUCAAUUCAAACGCACAGGACUACCAGUGGAUUGGGCUCAAUGACAAGACAGUAGAAAACGACUUCCGCUGGACGGACGGCACUCCACUGCAAUUCGAGAACUGGAGGCCAAACCAGCCAGAUAAUUACUUCAACUCGGGAGAGGACUGUGUGGUGAUGAUCUGGCACGAGAACGGCCAGUGGAACGACGUGCCCUGCAACUACCACCUGCCAUUCACCUGCAAGAAAGGCCCAGUGUCUUGUGGCGCCCCGCCGGAGGUCGAAAACGCUCACAUGUUUGGUAACAAGAGGGAGGAGUACCCCGUCAACUCCAUCAUCCGGUAUCAAUGCAACCCAGGAUUUAAACAGCGCCACCCACCGGUGGUUCGCUGCAAAGCAGACGGACAGUGGGAGAAACCCCAGGUGGAAUGUACCGACGUGAAAGCCAGAAAAAGAAUACAGCGGAAGUCCAGCAGAAGUCCGGCCAGUAGCAAGCUUCACUGAGAAGGACAAAGAGGAGUUGAUUAUUUCAAAAGAACGUUUACGCCACAAGAAAAUCUAUUUUCCAUUUUAGUGAAGAUGAUUUGAAGGGUUAAAUUUCUGAAACGCCCACAUGAAAGGUGCUACAUCAUGAGUAAUGUGAUUUUUAUCUCUUCUACCCCCUGCCCCUCAUAAUAUAUUUUAAUUAGAUACACUAAUUUUAUUGCUCUGAGUUUAUUUUCAUUGUGUGUAUUGUAAUAUAAUUUUAUUUGGUGAAAUCAUUGCUGGGAUACUUUGUUCUGUAUGAGUUUUACAUCAUUGGAUAGCAGCAUCUGUCUGGUUCAUUGUAGUCUGCUGUAGAUCUGUAUCACAGAGAUGGAUGAUGGUGGAUGACGGCAUGUUAGGAUUUGCUCAAGAACUGGUUUAUGUAAGGUACCAAAGAGUCGUGUGUUUGUUAGCAUAGCUCAUUGACAUUUCUGUAGGAGAAAAUACACGGCGGGGGGGAGAUGCUCUUUAAGGGGAAAUACUGUUUUAUUUUUGAAAGGUCACAUCAGUUCCCCCAUGGUUCCUGCUGGUUUCUACGCUCAGUCAGUGUAGUUCAAGUUAUCAGGGCUCGUUUUUCUUCCUUUAAAGAAGCACCUUCCUGCCACUUGAUCCUGUGAUACAGCAUCAAAAACAACUUCCUUAGAGCAAGGCCAUCCAACACUUUCCAUGUUUUAAUGUAGCUCAGAGGUGAAAGCACAUUAGAGAGCUGUUAAAGAUAUGAACAAGAUAAAUAUCCCAGUUAAUGGUUGAGCAACACAAGGCUAUGUUUACACUGAGCCAUUUGAGCAUCUGGAUUAUAAAUUUGAUUUGUCACCUCACGAACCGUGGGUUGGUUUAGUGAAAGGUCAGCCAUUGAAGAGAGAGUGAGCCAUUUUAUUGUUUAAAAAUGGGGAUAAUAGAGGUGAAUAUUCGUAGCGUGGCACUCAGUUGUAGUGCAGAGUAGUAUAAAGCCUCCCUCCUCUCUUCCCUCCACACAAUUGACCAAUCACAGUGUGCAGAUGGUGUAAAUGUCAGAUCGUCAAAUCCUGAAAGUUAUAGAAAUGGUCAGACAAAGACCCCUCUUUAUCCACCAUCAGACAGUUUGGGGGGAAGCCUUAUUCACGUUCCAAGUUUAUUUAUUUCAUAUCUGGAACCGAUUUUUCAUUUCUAAUCAGGUUAGACACUGAAGUUUGGAGUUUUAGUUAAUGAAAGUGAAUGUUAAAAAUCCAAACACAUAAGGAAUGUAGGCGUAUUGUAGGCAAACUUAGAAAACGUAAACCUGCUGCAACUCUACAUUCAACUUGUCAAAUGGAAUAGUUCUUGGAAAUACAUUAAAUUAUCCUCUUACCAAGAGAUAGAUGAUUAGUUUGAUAUCGCUGUCACGUCUGUAUGCAAAACAUGAAGCUACAGCCAGGAGGCGAUUAGCGCUAGCUUAGCAUAAUGACUGGGAACAGGGGAAAAGAGCUGGUCUAACCUCUGUCCAAAGGUAAAAACAUCUGCCUACCGGUAGGCUACUUCUAAAGAGAAAAUUAACAUGUUAUAUGUCGUUUUCAAGUGUUUUGUUUGAAUUAAACAAACUACAAAUAAUAUGUUAAGUAGUGAGCUUUAGAGGUGCUGGUAGGUACUUUUCUUUUUUACCUUUAACCUUUUUUAGCUAGCUGUUCCCUCGCUUCCAGUCUUUAUGCUAAGCUAACUGGCUGUUGCUUCAUAUUUAAUGGACAGACAUGAGAGUGCUAAUGAUCUUCUUAUCUAACUCUCAGCAAGAAAGCGGAUAAGCGUAUUUCCCAAAAUGUUUAAGCACAAGGCCAAAUCAUAGUAAAGCUAUAAUUCCAUGUAAUGCAUGUCCACCGUGCGUUUUAGAUUUUAGAUAUCUAAUCUUAAUAUGGAUUUAUACAUUUUUAGGAUUAGUGGUUUUAUUGGACAUUAUAUCUGGUCAUAUAUACAUACAUGGAUUAAAACAGGAAAAAAAAGACAUCACUGGUAUAUAACAUUUAAACCAAACUAAGUGAAGGCCAACACUCCCAACAGUAAAGUAACAGUAAAGUCUGUAAAAGUAUCUUGUAAUAAUGGUGGUUUACAGCAGAGACUUUUGUCAAUGUGAACACACAAGCUUUUAUUUAUUGAUUCCACACAGUGACACAGAGUCUCUCCGCUGGACUGAGCCAGUAAUUGAGAGAUUCAACACUGUUGUAUGAGACUACAGAAGCAUCAGCCACACACAGCCAGGGUGAAUAAAGUUUUAGUAGCUUCAUAUUGCAUAUUUAAUCUGUAGAGUAUUAAGAGAUACUUCUUGUGGGCCCACAGUUUUUGUGCGGCUGGUUUGAGUCUUUUGUUUUCUGUGUGUUUAGUCACUAUCGUCUUCCAUGAGGCUGUGCAGUGCAUAGUGUUUGUGUGGAGCAAGUGUCUUUACAAUGAACCUGUUAUCUAUUUCAUUUUUGUAACCUCAGAGGAAAUAACCUCACUGUAAACACUACAGUGUGACCUGCUUGUUGUUGUUUGUUUGUUUUUUUUUCAACUUUGACUGCUUUCAUUUGUGCACUUGUUUUGUGUAAUUGUUGCUGUAUGUGGGGGCUGUGCCUCCUUCAAAACAUACGAUCACCUGCUGAAUGAUAAACCAAAGACGAAGCA